AUCGACAACAACACUGCUGAACCAAGCCCCUUCACGCUCGCGAAACGCAGCUCUACAUCGCCUGACCCUCUCCGUCGUCCACGACAGUCAUCAGGAUUCUCAUCUCUGUACGCAAGCCAAGGAACUGUUCUCAUUAUUCAUCUUCACCUAGAUCUGCCCUUCGCCGCCCUCUUCCAAACCCCACUGGGGCCGACGCAUCAUCAACUCGCUCCUUCUGCUAGCAUUGUUUGAGUUUUUUUUUUUUGGCUAUAUGGUCCUGCACAAUUGAUUCGACCUUGUCACGAAAAAACGUUGCCAUCGCCCUCGUCGCACCUUUUUACGUACCAUUUUUUACCCUCCCUCUUAAAAGUGCCGGGUUUUGAGCUUAAAGCAGAUCCUACGGCUGUUGCUCGGUGGUUUUGAGAAUGAAGGGUUUCAGGCAGCGAGUGGGUGUAUGUUCCUUCCGUGGUCUUUAGUUUUCGAUCCCAUUAGUAUCCCCGUUACUCUCCAAUUUUGGAUUGUCGCUAAUUAGUGCUUGCUCCAACUUGUUUGACUGUUUUACAGCUAUCUCGAAAAGAGCCCAAGCCAAAUAAGGGGAAGAAGGAUUCACAGGGGAAUUCACCCUCCUCUUCUACCAGCCAACUGAUCCCAUCUGUUUCCGGGUCUUCCAGUUUGGAGAAGAAAGGUGGUGGGAGCGGCGGUGGUUCUGAGAAUGGAGAUAAGGCCUCAGGUUACAAACAGCAAAAGGACUCUACAGCUCCGAGUAUGGCACCAGCCGGCUCGCCCGGAGGAGUUAUCAGCGCAGCGUCUCUAGCGGCGAACAUUCAGCAACAGAUAAAUAAUGCGACAAGUCCAUCGGGGUCCCGGAUAAUUGCACCUUCCGUGAUAAUUAGCCCGUCCUCCGCUCCUGUAUGUGCUUUAAGUUUCGCAAUGAUUGGCUGGUAAUUUUUACUAAUUGUCGGUAUUUUUUUGUUGAAAGCAUAUCCCGCCUCCCGGUGCUGCCGAAACAAUGCCUGGUGAUCUAGUUCCGCCUAAGGCUGGUGCAAAGGGCGUCGCUUUUGAUCGGCUACAGACCGCUCCUAAAGCAGAUCAAAUACCUGAAGGGCUCAAGACACCAAAGAGACAACAUAGUUCUCGAUUCGAUAUAUCGGAGAAGAGAGAGUUGGAAAAAUUACAAGCGUUUCACGGUAUAUUUUUCACCCUCCCCGUAACCUUUGGGUUCCGUACUGGCUUAGGAGUGGGUUGUUGACGGUUAUGCGAUGAUAGAGAUUCCACCCCAGCGGCGACAGGAUUUGUUUUUGCAGAAGCUUGAACAAUGCAAUGUGAUUUUUGAUUUCAAUGACGCCUCGGCCGAUAUGAAAUCCAAGGAAAUCAAGCGCCUUGCUCUCCAUGAAUUGCUUGACUAUGUUGCUAACAAUCGUUCUGUCAUCACGGACGCGAUGUAUCCCAAAGUUGUCGAGAUGUUUGCCAAAAAUCUUUUCAGGCCCAUCCCACCGCCUGUGAACCCUGUUGGCGAUGCAUUUGAUCCAGAGGAAGACGAACCCGUAUUGGAAGUUGCCUGGCCUCAUAUCCAAGUGGUAUAUGAGUUCUUUUUAAGAUUCAUUGAGAGUCAAGACUUCAACACCAACAUUGCCAAGCAGUAUAUUGACCACCAGUUUGUCCUACAGGUUAGAAUCCCCUUGCACUUGCGACUCGUCCCAUUUGGGGGGGGUUGACGGGUCGCUGACACAAAUCAAAGUUGCUUGAACUUUUCGAUUCCGAAGAUCCCAGAGAGCGUGACUUCUUGAAGACUACCCUCCACCGCAUAUACGGAAAGUUCCUUAACCUCCGGUCAUAUAUCCGGCGCUCUAUCAACAACGUCUUUUUCCAAUUUAUCUAUGAGACUGAGCGCUUUAAUGGGAUCGCCGAAUUACUAGAAAUUCUAGGAAGUAUUAUCAAUGGAUUCGCCCUACCCUUGAAGGAGGAACACAAAUUAUUCUUGACAAGGGUUCUUAUCCCACUUCACAAAGUCAAGAGCUUGAGUAUGUACCAUCCGCAGUUGGCAUACUGUAUAGUGCAGUUUUUGGAAAAAGAUGCAGCGUUGACCGAAGAGGUUUGAAAUUUCCUAAUUCUCUCCUAGUUUUUUUUUCUCUAACUGUUUGAUAGGUUGUUCUUGGCCUGUUGAGAUACUGGCCCAAAGUCAACAGUACGAAGGAAGUUAUGUAUCUAAAUGAGGUUGAGGACAUAUUCGAAGUCAUGGAUCCUGCUGAAUUCGCUAAAGUUCAGGAACCACUCUUCAAUCAAUUGGCCAAGAGUGUGGCUAGCCCACACUUCCAGGUAUGUGAAGCCUACAGUUGUGUUAAAUAUAUACUGAUGGAUAAUAGGUUGCGGAGCGAGCUCUUUAUUUCUGGAAUAAUGAGUACUUUUGCAAUCUGGUUAGCGAUAAUGUUGAGGUUAUCUUGCCAAUUAUGUUCGCUCCUUUAUAUGAGAACUCAAAGGGUCACUGGAAUAGGUAUGCUCGUCGUCCCUGCCCAUAUAGUCGAACCCGACUUGUGUCACUGCCACCAGAUUACUUAUCCCACCAUUUUCUAUAGAACCAUACACGGCAUGGUAUAUAAUGCCAUGAAACUUUUCAUGGAAAUCAACCCAGCUCUUUUCGAGGAGUGCACUGGGAUAUAUGCAGCGGACCAAGAGAGUGCCCCCCAAAGGCAGCACGAAAGGGAGGCUAUCUGGAAGAUGUUGGAAGAUACAGCAGCUAAGAACAAGAAGUCCAGAGAGGGAAGUGGUGCCAACGAAGACGGUAAACGUUUGUCCUCUAAGGGUUCGCAAGCCGCCAGGAGUGGCUCCCCCAUGCAAAUAGCUGAGGAUAGCGCUGGUGAUAGUGAACGGAAAAUGGUAGCGUUGAACAUUCAUGAUGAGGGAAAGAAAGUGGUAGGUGUCGCUUAGGACCUCCAUAUUCCAGUUCUCCCCUUCCCCCCGAAGUAAGCGAAAACAGUGGCAUCAUUGGAGGAGAGCAAGCACACGGAAUUUGAAAGAGCCUAAGUGGAUCGCAAAGAGGCAGGGGCAUUGCACAUGUUUAGGAUCAUUCAUUUUUUUUUUUUGAAUUCCCCACCCCUUUUUUUUUCCUUUUUUUCUUCAUCUCCUAUGGCUAUGAGGUUCUCCUUUACAUUUCAAUUCAUUGUUACAUUUUAUUUAUUCUUUUCUCUCUUCCUAUUUUCUUUUCUUUCCUUGCCGCUCCCGCCACGUUAUGAGCGCUGUGCAGCCUUCUGACUUGUCAUGCCUAAUAUCAAAAAGAAACGACGCCAGAUGUUUAUUGCAUCCCCACAUACCAAUCUUCAUUACCAUCACCAGCAACCUCAAAAACAACAAUAAUCGCAAUCUCAACAGCCACCGUCGAAAUCUCGCACAAGCGCCAGCAGCAGCGGAAUGAUCAACAACUCACUGAAUUACCCUUCUCCAUCGCCUGGAAUACCGCGGCAAUAUAAUAGCCUGCUAAAAUUACAUUAUACAUUCUUCUUUUUUUUUUUUUCAUUUUCCCCUUUUACUUUUUUCUUCCGUUACUCUCGACGUCUUAGUUACCUGUUCUCCAGACAGUUGAGUAGCCGCUUACCCUUUCUUGUCUUAUCUUCUUAUCGCUUUACCCACUCGUUUUGUUUGAAAUUGGCUCGUGAGUUUGGUUGUGCAGUGAUAUCAGAUCGGUUGUCUAUUGCUGUCGGUUUUCUCUUUACUAGAAUGUGAUGUUUGCUGGGUCGUGUGCGGUGGCAGCGGUGGUAACAGUGACGGAGCAUGGGAUGUAGGGUGAUGGGGGCAACGCAAAUAAACCUGGUGUUUUCUUUUUUUUUCUUUUUCUUCACUCGGUCAUUUUUACCUUGUGUCCCUUUAUUGAUUGUCAUGGUGGGUUCAAGUCAGGAGGGGGGAGGAGUGGAGAGACGAAGGAAGGAAGGUGGUGUUGCAUGCUUUACUUACUUGCUUGGGAGGUUUUCAUGUCUUGUCACUCGAACGAAAAUAUAUCGCUUUGCUUUUCUGGUGUUUUGUUCAGCCUCUGCUCUGCCAUCCCUCAUGUUUCCAGAGAGGGGGGAGGGGUGAUAAGUGGCUAUGAGAUUUGCUGCUAAAUAAGUGGAUGAAUGGAAAAGGUGAAUGGACUAGCCUUCGGGGCAUUAUACUGUAUGCUUGCCUGCCGCUGCUCAAGCACGUUAUUCAUCCUUUCCAGUGCGUUCUCCCACCGCACUUGUCUCAAGUUUAUAUCAUGCCAGAAAGGUUACAUCAUAUCCAUUUUCAUUCGCGCAAAUCCAGCCAACCAGCCAACCAGCCAACCAACUGGCCGCCCAGUGUCGGCAGCGGACAGCAGGGUACACACAUCAAGGCACCACUUCCCAAUCCAACACAAAUCCAAAUGCCAAAUCCUAGACUCCAAAGUGCCCUUCAUUGCCAUGAUGCGAUGUGACACGGCGUAACGGAGCAUGAUGUCAUCACAGAUCCGCAAACAACGGUCCGGGAGCGCCAACCCCCCCUACACUCCCAAACACACCCAUAUAAUAUCCAAAGACGUCUCCCGGUUUCUUUCCAAAGUUUGCUCGCUCCUUGCUCUCGUUCUUUCUUUCUUUCUUUCAUUCCCUCCUUCCUUCUUUCCCUCCUGCACAACUGUGUCGCAUGUCGCAUACUUAAACGAGCACUGCACCAGGCUGUCAAAUAUACCGACCGGAUCAUUACGAUACACCAUCACUCACUUAUCUACCCUACCCUUACCUACCUAUAAUACUUACUUACCUACUUAUUUUACUUAUUUACUUAUUUGCCCCCCCACGCAGUCAAAUUAGAAUUAAAACUCGCAGACCCGGUCACUUGACCGCCUCAUCCGUAAUCACGUUUUCUCACUCGUUGCGGGUGUUGUUUUGCUUCUUUCUUUUUUUGGGCAGGCGGGCGGGCUCGUAGCAGCGUACCGCACCAGCGUUUAGAAACACGGCCGCUACUGCAUACCGCUGGAAUUCUGCUUUUUUUCUUUUUAAUUUGCUUUUGCUUUUUGCUUUUGCUUAGAUCCAAGUUUCAUGCAAUGAUGGUCGUCUUCAUAAAACGGGGGGUUUUUUUCUUUAAAAAAAAGGGGGGGGGACGAGUAGAAUAGAGUACUUGUACCCGUAGAGUGGGGGGUUUGGUGGUUCUUCCGGAUUGCGGUAGGGCACUCACUGCGGGGCUGGGGCAAGCUUCAGUUACUGUACGGUACUUUGUCGUCGCCGAGAACCGGAUUGGAAAUUUGUGCGUUGCUAGUUGUUCGCACACUUUUUUUCGUCUCCCGAUCAUUGGGUCUGGUGGGGGAAUGUGCGUCUCUUUUUUUUUUCUUUUCUUUUUUUCAUCUUCGGAUACUCGUGCUCAUACGAUGUACAAGUUAGUGUGCGAUUCUCCGUUUCGUGAGUUGGCAACUCGCUCAGUGCUUGUAGGGGGUUUUUUUUUUGCUCGCUAGUAUGAUGGAAGCCAGGCCCGGCAUCACGCUUCAGGUUUGCGCUUUCUUCCCGGUGAGGCUGACUAAAAGGGCUCUUGUUGGUGCUGUCGAGUCCUCGGGUGCUCGAGUAAUUGGUCAACUGAAAACUCGCGGGGUGUGUUUCGGAGGGACGUUCCGGUAGGUUCGGGCACUCAAUAGGCUACCAUGCUGGAAGUUGCAGAGGUGAUAGGCAACAAAUCUUGCCUUACUGUACGAGUACAAGUGCGGUGCAAUAAGCAUCAGGCCGAUGGGGGCUGCCGAAAAAAAGAAAAAAGAAAAAAAAAAGAAAAAACAAACAGGAAUGUAGCUAUUAAUAUCUAUGGACGAGGGUCGGUUAAUCUGGUAUAUGCAAGCCCUCAACAGUUAUUAUCAUUUCGUACAGUACAGUAAUGCUCAAGCUCUAUGCCGCGAUAGAAUACGAUGAGAGAAGAAAAACAUUGCUCGCCAAUCCAUAAAAUUUCCGGGUGCAGGAGUGCCAAGGCCUUGCCUUUUUACCCACAAAUUCAAGGGUCUUGGCACCGCCUUUUCCGGGUGCUUUACUGAUUGGCGGGUAGUCUAAGGUGCCGAUCUAUGCCUUGUAUCCAUUCCCAAGCUUCAUAUUUCCAGCCUUCCUGCUCAGGUCGUGUGUGUCAAUAAUGGUAAGGUUUUUGGUCUCACCGAAACCAUUGUACCCGACUCCCCUGAAGUUCCACUUUAUGUCCUCGACUUUCUGGAUGUUACCGGCCUUGUCAGUGGCUCUGCUCCAUAUUUUGGUGGAUUUGUCGAUCUUUCUGGUCUUUUCGGCGGGGAGCUUGUAUUGCCAGAUUGCCCAGGCCCAUUUGUACUUUUCGGCAGCACCGGAUCUGCAUAGCUCUUCUGGGUUGGGAUAGAGAAUCCUAGAUUCAUCCCAGGUUUUGCCUUGGUCUGUCGAAAUUUCCACCUUAACGACCGGACCAUCGUCACCCUUAGGAAGCGCGUAUCCGGCAAUUUCCAGCUCGCCAUUAAUGAGUUUAUCCAGGAAGAUGGUGUCACCGGCAGUCGGGUAGCAGAUCGCCGAGUUAACGGGCAUCUUUUGCAGUGGUUUGGCUUUAUGCCAGUAGUCAUUCGCCUUCUUGCGGGUGUCGAUCUCAGGGGGUAGAAUCUUGUAGUCUCUCUGCAUGUAAAAGUUGCUGCUUUCUUCGUCCUGAAUGGUAAUGCGGUCUAGCCAUUUGGUCCAGCGCGCACCAGCAAUUCCCGGAAUCACGAUGCGGAGAGGAAAGCCAUGAUUGAUGGUGAGAGGAGCUCCGUUCAUCUGUCGGUAGAUUGUGUCAGCAUUCCACCGAAAUGGUCGGAUCAGGGUAAGGUAAGACAUGCAUCCAGGGCCAGAAUGACUUUCAUUUCUGGGUCCAUGCACCGGGCCAGGCUUAUCGAACUCCCGUAGUAUCUGUCCUCUUGGCAAUCCGUCAUGUGGCAAGAGAAGGCUACAUGUGCAUCACCUUCCAUAGUAAGUCCUAUCCGGGAAAGGACGUCGCACAAGAGCGGGCCACUCCAAGUGCAAUUGCAUACAGCUCCGUCGUUCCAAUCUAUGCCGUCUACCUCUUUUAAUUCAGUACGCAUGGUAUGUCUGCGAUUUCCCGCACACUUGAAUUGCAGUGUUAGCUGAUGGCAAUUAGGAGGGGGUGUGUUUGCGUAGAGAUUCACCUGUAGAGCAGAAAUAACAUCAUGUUGAGGGAAAUCAUUGCGGAGCUGGGAGAUGGAGAGGUGGACGGUAUCUUUCACGAGGCCGUCAAUGCGAACCGUGUGGGUGUCGCCAUUGAUAUGAGGGAGUGGUCUGGAAUAGGGUGGGUCAGAAUUCACUACGGUAGCUGAACGCAAGGGAGUGGUUACCCAUGAUUUCUGUCAUAGGCGGUGGCGGUCUUGGUGAUGAAGUUUUGAACAAGGUCUUUCAAUGGAGGCUCACGGUUGAGAGGCUUUUCGACGCUGUAUUCGAGC